AUGGAGGAGGCGUCAAACCCUCAAAUGAAGACUAGAAGUAAAAAGGGCGGAUACUAUAAGCAUGCAAAGAUGUGGACCACCGGAGAAGAGCUUCUCCUCGUGGCCUGUCUUGUUCUAUAUGGCCCUGAUUGGAAGACUAUGGAGAAGCAUAUACCGGAUAGAAGCAGCAACAUGCUCAAAACAAAGGUGUACAACAGCCUACGUACAAUAUCUGUUAAAGGAAAGCUGGGGUCUGGGGGCGACUUUAACAAGGCCAUGCGAGAUGCACAGCAAUGGUACAAAGAUGAGGGUAAUAUAGAUCGGUUUUGCGAGUGCUUCUUGACUCCCAAGAAUGUUAAAACGCUCUACCCCAAUGUCUGGAGCGUCUGCGUGUCACUGAUGAAGAAAAACUCUGGAACAUUAGGGGCCAGUUCUGACCCGUUCCAGGCACUUCCUGAGCAUGGUCUUGACGCCAGUCUUAACGCAAGCCUUGACGCCACAGAUCAAGUUCUGUCUCUGUCGACGAGCUCGUAG